GCACACAUACACGCACGCGCACACACCGGGCCCACAAAUCCGCGCUCUGUCUCUCUGCGUGCUGCUGCUGCUGCUGGCGGAAUCGCUCUGCUAUCAAUUUACUCUCUUCUUGGUUUGAAAAGAGAACCGAGGCACUAAAAAACCCGCAAUUAUGGGAGUUGAAGGCUGCACGAAAUGCAUCAAAUACAUGCUGUUCUUCUUCAACUUUAUUUUCUGGCUGGCUGGAUGCGUAAUCCUGGGCGUAUCUCUGUGGCUCCGCCAUGAUGAAAAAACCAGCAGCCUGUUGGGCCUGAAGUAUGAAGGCACAGAGGCACCCAACACCUUCUACAUUAGUGUCUACAUCUUGAUUGCUGUUGGCGCUGUGAUGAUGUUUGUUGGGUUCCUCGGUUGCUAUGGCGCCAUUCAGGAGUCUCAGUGCCUGCUGGGAACUUUCUUCACCUGCCUGGUCAUCCUGUUUGCCUGUGAGGUUGCUGCCGGUAUCUGGGGAUUUCUUAACAAAGACCGGAUUUCUAAAGAUGUGAUCGGCUUCUAUGACACCGUGUAUGACCAAGGCUCUCAGCUGAGCCCCGGCGAGAAGAGAGAAGCUGCGGCUGCUGUACUGAAGGUCUUCCACGAGACUCUGCAAUGCUGUGGCAAGAGUGGGAUUAACUCUGCUUUGACUGGCUGGUUGACUGAUCUGUGCCCUAAAAAGGAUAGCCUGGCCGUCAAUCAGAACUGUCACUCCAAAAUCAAAGAGCUCUUCAGUGAAAAGAUCUACCUGAUUGGCAUUGCCGCUUUGGUUGUUGCUGUCAUCAUGAUCUUCGAGAUGAUCUUCAGCAUGGUGCUCUGCUGCGGAAUCCGAAACAGCCCUGUAUACUGAAAGACAACUGGGUGAAGCAGGUUGUUGGUGUGUGGCAUCUGGAGAUACCAGCCAAUGAAAUUGAAGGAAAACUUAUUCUCCUGUUUAAUUUUUGUAUCUACCCUAAUUUCCUUAUGUAGUUAUUUUGUCUUAAGGAACAAAUGAUUUUAUUCUCUGGUGUUUUUCUUUUGUGUAUAUAUACUUUGUCACUGUCUGCAGUUGUGUAUGCUGCAUGUGCAUUCUUGUGGUGACAUUGACUACGUAGACAGUGGCAAACUUGGACAGAAUUAUUAGAUGCUUAUACAUACAUACACACACACACGUACAUAAUUUAAAAUCAAAUUGGAUAUGUAAAACACAUUGGCCAUUUACGUUCUGUUUUCUGUAGUAAUGUUAAAAGUAAGAAUAAUUACUAUUGCUUUUGGAUUCUUUUAUUAUGUACGUAAGACUUUAUUCAUUUCUUAUGUAUGUUUAAAAAAAAAAAAACUGUAUAUAUUUGCAGCCAUUUGGCUUUCCAGCAUGGAUAUUGUAAUCGAAUAGCCCUAUGGACCUUCUUUUCUGAAUGUGCUUAUACGUUUUUCUCAAAGUCAACCACUAAGAAACAGUAUUAGUGAAAAAUAAAGAAGGUCAGACCUUAAAACAUGAAUACUGAAGUUUCAUUCUUGUACCUUGGUGUAGCCUAAAUAUGUAAUGCCAUGUAGCCUUGGCUUCCUUCGUGCCAUACGUUGCAGGCCAGCCAACGGCUAGAACCAUAACCGUUGCAAGCAUGACCGUGCUCUGAAAUCCUAGCAAGUCGUCUUUAGAAAUAAAAUAAAAUAUGUCCUCUAAUGCUAACGCCGUGACUAACGUUUGCCCGCAUGUUGUCCGCUGAGGAAUGUUGGAAACCAGUAAAAUGAUUCGCGUAGGUAUGCCUCGAUCACUGGAGUUCCUCUGACCUCUGACCCCAAGCCACCCUUAUGCUCUGACUAACCCAAGCCAAAGCUUUUAUAUGCACCUCCCAGCCUUAUUGAUAGAAUCUCCUGUCCUUCAGAAACUGAGACUGCAUUAUCUAGUAUGUCCUGUUGAUUCCUAGUGGAAUUUUUUCCUCGUAUAUUGUACUCUGUAUCCAUUUGAUGGAAUGCUGUGCUUUUAAAAUAAAGAAAAAAAAGAAAAAAAAGGUGGGGGGGCGAUAAGAGUUUUUCUUCAUAGUAACUCCUUUGCCAAAUCUUCUGACAUGCUGGGGGUUGUUUAACAGUGUCAAAGCAUAACAAAAUCAGUCUGCUGAGUGUACUGUAAGGCUGUGGUGUGAGUGUGUGUUUGAUGUGCUGAUAGUAAAGCCUAUUGGAAAAAAAAAAAUCUAGUAUUUAGGAGUAAACCUCACUGCCACUGCCAGUAACUGUACCUCUUCUCUCCACAAGGUGUCGCCCAAAUACAUUUUUAAGAGCAAAAACACUCGUUUCUUGACACUUCAUAAUCUUUGGUUAAUUCCUCUGCUGUCACUUGAGGAAAUACACUUAUAAUAUUCACUACAUAAAAGUAAUACACUCCUUCAGUCAUCUACAUUUAUUUUAACCCAACGCGCGCGCACACCAUUUACAUUGUUUCCUACAUACAAGCUGUAACUGUCACUUAAUGCCUAUGCUGAUAUGCUGAUCAAAUGUCUUGUAAUAUGUACAGCUAUAUAUUAUUGUACUAAUGACUAUGUAAAGGCAUUGUGAUAUCAUUUUUUUUUUCCUGGUACUUUGUUAAAUAAAGGACAGAGUUUAGAGUGAAAGCCAGCCAGGCCUUUGGGAUCCUUGCAGGCCAAUAGAAGUCGUCAGACAUCAGCUGGAUGAUAACGGUUAAGAAAUACAUGAGGGAUGAUGGAAUCUGUAAUUGAGCUUCCAUUGAAACAGUUUUUGUUUUUCCGUUCAGCGGGACCCAAUGAUGACUCUCACUCUGAUCUCUGUCCUGGUUCACCUGAUUUUAUAUAGUUUUGGUUCCAUUUUUUUCCCCCCCAAAUACUUAGGGAUUAAAUGUAUUUUACAAAUAAAA